UGUGGAGAAAUUAAUUUUAUCCUGGUUUGAGUUGUCUUCCUGCUUUGCGACCUACACUUCCCUAUAUUGUAAACCAUACGGGUGCGUGAUGAGGCUGUAUCUUGUCGUGAUACUUGGUCAAUAUGCAGGUAUACUGACAAACGCAUUUACAACAAUGAACACAAUGAUUUCUACCGAAACAUCAUUGACUUCUACCGCAACAUCAUUGACUUCUACCGAAACGUCAUUGACUUCUACCGAAACAUCAUUGACUUCGACCGAAACAUCCUUGACUUCUACCGCAACAUCAUUGACUUCUACCGAAACGUCAUUGACUUCUACCGAAACAUCAUUGACUUCGACCGAAACAUCCUUGACUUCUACCGCAACAUCAUUGACUUCUACCGAAACAUCAAUGACACCUUAUACGACCACAGCAUCUACAGAUCCAUCAACAGUAUCAGCAAGUACUUCAACUCCAUUUAGCACCACUUUAACGACCACUACAUCUACUGAUCGAUCAACGGCAUCGGCCAUUAGAACGACUACAUAUUCGACAUUUAUCACAUCAGAAGCCGCAACUUAUACGACCACAACAUCUACGGAUCAAUCAACGGCGUCAGCAAUUACAACUACCCCCCAUUCAACAUUUAGUACCACGGAUUUUACAACCACUACAUCUACUGAGCCAUCAACGGCGUCAGCAAUUACAACUACCCCACAUUCGACAUUUAGCAGCACGGAUGGUACAACCUAUACUUCCACUACAUCUACUGAGCCAUCAACGUCGUCAGCAAUUACGACGACUCCACACUCAACAUUUAGUACCGCAGCUGUAACAACUUAUACGACUACUACACCUACUGAGCCAUCAACGGCGUUAUCAAUUACAACAAUGUUAGCAGAAACAACAACGUUAGCAGAAACAACAACGUUAGCAGAAACAACAACGGAAACGAAUACAACAGACAAUCCCACUGUAACACACAGAAUGGACACAUCAAAUGAUGUGUUAAUAGCUGUGGUUGUUGCUGUGUUACUUAUAGUGCUGCUGAUUGCAGCGAUUGGUGGUUUUCUACUAUUUAGAUAUAGGAAAAAAAGAGCCGAAAGAAAAAAGAAAUUUUCUCCUGUUGAUUUGUAUAUAAACACGGCGUAUGUCGAAGAUCAAGAUGAGUUUAAUUAUGAAAAAUUUGUGAACGAUGCAAUAGGUGAUCAUGACAAUUACGAUGACUUAAAUCUCAGAACGAGUCCAUCUGGAAGUGCAGCUACUGAAAUUGAACAGUUGGAUUUUAAUCCGAGAGGAUCGAAUGUUUACGAUAAUUUAAAAAAAGACACAGAGUCAAAUCCAUAUGCUAAUACGGACAGAGUUCAACAGGACACUAAUCUUUAUGCUAAUAGUGACGUUGCAAGAGAUAGAAAUAAUCCAAGCUCUAAAUAUCCAAUGAUGUCAUCGUUUAAAGAUGAUUCUGUGUAGAUAACAUAUUUAUGCGUUGUGGAAUUUAAUGUCUAAAAAUAUUGGUAUUGUGUUAAAACUGAAUCCGUCGAAAUGUAUUUAUAUCGUCUUCAUUCUGUAGUGAGUGUCAUGCACUAGUAUUUCAUUAUUGAAAGAACGAAAGAAGACGUAAUACUUAUUUCAGCUGAAAUGUAUGUGACAACCCCCUUCUAUAUUUUCAGUUGUUUCAAAGUAUGUGCUUUUGUGAUUCAAAAACCAUUAUAUAUAGUAUUUAUUUUACAAAUUGAUUUACUCAACAUUGACUUCAUGAUUACACAAGUUUAGACAUAAGAAAAAGCUUGAACCGCUUAAAAAAUAUAUAUAAGCAAGGUGCAUAUAUAGCAACACAUUAUGCAAACAUUCGACACUUUUUAUCAUCUCAUAAUAAUAAAUGUUUGCGUUGCAAUGAAAUAAUAUGAAUAAAGAAGAAAAGUAAGCAACAUAUGAAUGCUAACUACAAUAAAUUGGAGGCAGUAAAUUAAACCUGUUCGAAAUAUUUUUCAUCCAAUUCAGAGAAAUAUGAUCAAAUGGGAGGAUAGCGACUAAGGGAAACUUUCCUCCU